ACCAAAUAUAGCGGUAGAGCAGUGAGGCUAAAGAACAUUCCCGCCAAAAUCAAGCAUUUUCAAAAUCUUCAAAAAGCUUCAUUCACAGUUUCGAAUCACUAUCAGCUCCGUUCAGCUUCUUGCAAACAAAGUCAAUUGCCGAUAUCGCUAAUUCCAGAUGUCGAAGAAAAGAGGUCUUUCAUUGGAUGAGAAACGAGAGAAAAUGCUGCAGAUCUUUUAUGAUUCACAAGAUUUCUUCCUCCUCAAGGAACUUGAAAAGUUGGGUCCUAAGAAAGGUGUUAUCAGUCAGUCAGUGAAAGAUGUCAUCCAAUCUUUGGUGGACGAUGACCUUGUGUUUAAAGACAAGAUAGGGACCUCUGUAUACUUUUGGAGCCUGCCAAGUUGUGCUGGGAACCAGCUGAGAAAUGUAACUAGAAAGCUUGAGACUGAUCUCCAGACCAAUAAAAAGCGGCAUGCUGAACUUGUUGAACAAUGCAAGGCUUUGAAAAAGGGACGGGAAGAAUCUGAUGCACGAGAAGAGGCAUUGCAUGAGCUGAAAGCUAUUGAACAGAAACAUAAUGAACUUAAGGAAGAGUUGGCGCAGUAUGCAGACAGUGAUCCUGCUACUCUUGAAGCAAUGAAGAAGGCAAUCGAAGUUGCCCAUUCAGCAGCUAAUAGAUGGACUGAUAACAUCUUCACUUUGAGACAAUGGUGUUCCAAUAACUUUCCCCAAGCAAAAGAGCAACUUGAUCACCUAUACAAUGAGGUGGGAAUAACAGAUGACUUCGACUACUUUGAGUUGCCGGCAGUGGUUCCUCUUCCUGUUACUAAUGAUGAGCUUUAAUUUGGCUGAAAGCCAGAUAGACAUGCUGUCGUUAUGUUCUUUGACCUUUUGCUAUGUUUAUUUUUUCCAGAGGUAUAGAAGUUGGUUCUUGCUUUAAUAAUUUGAAUGAUGAGAAGCAUUAUCGAAAUCGAAUAUGCAGACUUAUCAUUUAGUUAGUGCCAUGUGUGUGCAUUUAGUCUGGGCAGCUGAAUAGCCAUAAUAUUGCAUUAUGUGCUUUGUCGGCGACCUCUGAGCGUGAAUUCAAGGACAAGGGAAAAUAUUGUGCUGUUCAAUCUGGUAUGAUAGAUGAUCCUCGUUAUGCUUUUAAUUUCCUAUUAAUGCUGAUGCUGCGAAAGAACUGAUUGUUUUAUCAAGCCAUAGAUGUGAAAACAGGACUUAUGAUAUGUGACUUCUAUUCUGAUUGAGAUAAUUUUUUUGGUUGAAAGUUUAGCUUCUGAAAUGUAUAUGCAGAAACCUCCGGGACAUAAUACUGUCAUUAGGCUAAUCCUUUUCCCGGAAGAGGGCUAGGGAAAGGAAAAAUAUAGUCGGAGAAAGUAAAGAAAUUUAUGUUCUUUUCUUUGUUUGCGUUGAAAAGAAAGUAAGGGGAGAAAUCUGAGGUUAUUUUUCUUCUCAUUCAAUUCAAUUAAGAAAUGGCUAGAGAAAAUAAAAUUAGAUGCAGAGUUGUAAAAUGAGGAUCUGAAAUGUAAAGUAGAUUCUAAAGGCAUGUUCAUUUAUAAUCCAGCUACACGUUUUGUCGUUUCUAAUUGAGGAGUUAACGGUUUUUUGGCUUGUGAUUGAGACUUGGGUCACAAGCUGUGGAGGGGAAGGAUAUAAUUUUUUUCUUUGAUAACCGUGAUUUUAAGGUUAGUUCACGCACACUUCGACCAGUUUCAUAGCGUGUCUGUUGUUUUUCAUUAGCUAAAUAAUUUUAUCCACCAAGGCUUGGACAAAAUCACCUAGUAUUUUUGCCUUCUUUCGAGAGUUAGAAUUUGAGAUUUUAUGAUUCUUAAUUCACCUAUGUAUUAUUGUCUUGAUAAUUUUUCGGUUGUAAUUGUUUAUUAUCUUUUUUGGUUUAACCAUCUAGUGUUAUGGUGUAUUUAUUGACUCGAUUGGGCAGAUGUUAUUUCACUGUCACGCUACAAUAUACGUUGUCGUGUUGAUAAAUUCUUCAAUUUUGGAGGCCGAAACUAGGAGUUGCUAUUGGUUGAAUUCAAGUCCAGAUUUUUGAGAUGUGCCCAAUUUGCUGUGACCAAAAAACCCAACAACGGUUAGAUACAUGAACGUCAAAAAAACAACGACCAAUUCCAUUUUAAAAUUUGAAAAUCUAAGGAAACAAUGAAGAAACGGGAAAGAAUAAUAAGACAAGCAAUCAUGUUUUUCAUGGUUGCAACUGGCAAGUGGGGAAGGAAUUUUCAUUUAUUAGAAGAGGUCAUAUCUGUAUUCAUAACGUGCAGUGAAUAUUAACCUUACACGUGUCCCUUAAUCAACGGCUAAAAACAGGUAAUUUUAUUGAGUCCUCACCAAACAGGGAAGAAAUCUAGUUUGACAGAGUGGAUACUGAGUGGAGAUCCUUUACAAUCAAAUUUAAAAAAAAAAGGCAAAUAGGGAUUGAGGACUCCCUCAUCUCUGCCUCCUUUUUAAAUACCAAUUUUUUAGGGAGUAAACCAUAGCUUAGAAUUUUUAGAGAUAGAAAAGAGUAGAGAAAAAAAAAGUCUCAAGAAAGAAGAAAAAUGGAGGUCUUGAGACUCUGUUUAAUGGCUAUUUUUGGUUUGGUUUUGGCAUUGGCUAUUCCUUCUAUCAAUGCUCAAGUCCCUGAGCCUGCUCCUGCCCCUGCAAGUGAUGGAGUUGCAAUUGACCAAGGUAUAGCCUAUGUGCUAAUGCUGGUUGCUUUGGCCAUUACCUACAUUAUUCAUUGAGCAAUUUGUAUAGCCUCCAUUGCGGUUUUUUUUUUUUUUUUAAUUUUCUUUUGGUUUUGAUGGAGAAUGGUAGGCAUGAUUUGAUCAUGUAUUUCAUACUCUUGUAUUCUUUUGGAGGUUGGAAUUUGCUAUUUCUUUCAUUCAAUGAUUAAAUUGUAGAAAUUCUUUAAAUCUUCUUUCUACUUUCCAUUAUGUAUGGUAUUGUCUUUUCCAUAUUAACAACAGUUACAAGUCUCGAA